UUUAUGGUCGGAGAAAUGAAAGGAACGACCUCACCUCCCCUCGUCUCUCUUAUCUCAGCAACACAGCAGUCCCUUUCCCCUUCUUCCUACGCCUCCAGGCCAUCUAGCUCGCUCGGAUUACGGCCGUCGGCGGCGGUGCUUCCAGAGGUGAGCGGCAUGGCAGGGGCGGGGGCGGAGGAGGCGGUGGUGGGCGAGAGCUUCGAGUUCGCCUUUGACAAGGAGGCCUUCUCCGACAAGAAGCUGCGGGUCGAGGUCGUCGGUAGCGACGACGCCGCCAGCCGCAAGCGCCGCCGCGAGGACGACAAAAGUGAUGAAGGAGAAUGUGUUGAUUCUUCUUCUAUAGUGAUGGCUGCACCAAUUUUACGAGUCACUACCAUGCAUAUCAAUUCGGCCAUUCUUGCUGCAAAAAGCCCUUUCUUUUUCAAGCUUUUCUCAAACGGCAUGAAAGAGUCUGACAAGGGACAGGCAACACUUCGAAUAGCUGAUUCAGAGGAAAAUGCCUUCAUGGAGCUUUUGUACUUUAUGUAUAGUGGAAAGUUGACACCAACAACUGAGCCCACUCAUCUGGUUGAUAUCUUGAUGGCUGCCGACAAAUUUGAGGUCAUUUCUUGCAUUAAGCUUUGCGGUCAGUUGCUCACAAGCUUGCCUAUGACCCCAGAAUCUGCAGUGCUGUGCCUAGAUCUACCAUAUUCCAUUUCAAUGGCACCUGCCCUGGCAGUGGCAGCCAAGAAAUUCUUUGCUGAAAGAUACAAGGAUUUCCUGUCAACAAAGUUACAAGACGAACUGAUGAGGAUCCCUCUCGCAGGGAUCCUAGCCAUCUUAUCAAGGAAUGACCUCGGAGUUUUACCUGAAGAAGCCGUCUAUGACUUUGUGCUCAGGUGGGCUGAUUCGCAGUACCCAAAUCCAGAAGAAAAACGCAAGAUCUUGAGUUCACAGUUACUUCCACUAGUACCACUAGUGCGAAGUAGAGUCAGAACCAUUGUACUUGAUUAGCCGUCUUGUAUAAUCAACUUCAGUCUAGAGUUGAUUAUCUUGUAUGUGAUAGACCCUGUAGGGCUGUAGGCUGGUGAGAUACAUAGUCUGGUUUGUGUGACUAGUGUACCGUGUCGUUGCCGUGUUUGUCCUGCUAUGCAGCAAAGUCGCUGAACUGUCUUUGUCGGAAGUUGGCUGAUAUAUUGCUGAUUACCUCUGUAAAA